GCGCAGGGCUGUUACUCUGCCUGCUAGAGACGACACCAGCCGCUGCACCGGAUUACCCCGUCCUCUCUUUGUCUAGUUGUGUUAAUACCGGACCUAGCGAAUAUUAAUCUCGACUUUGUUAGGUAGUGAUUGUCAUCAGCUGACGGGGAUGUCAAAGCGAGUGCGGAGCAGGGAGGUCUGCGCUGACUGCAGCGCCCUGGAGCCCCGCUGGGCCUCUGUGAACAGGGGGGUGCUGAUCUGUGAUGAGUGCUGCAGCAUCCACCGAGGUCUGGGGCGACACAGCUCUCAAGUCAAACAUCUGACUCACACACCAUGGCCACCCUCCCAGCUGCAGAUGGUCCAGACACUAUAUGGCAAUGGAGCUAAUUCCAUAUGGGAGCAUAGCCUUCUGGACCCUUCCUCUGUUAUGAGUGGCAAACGCAAGGCCAACCCCCAGGACAGAGCUCAUCCCAACAAGACCGAGUUCAUCAAGGCCAAAUAUCAGAUGCUGGCGUUUGUCCAUCGGAUGCCCUGUCGUGAGGACGACAACGUCACCACGAAGGACCUCAGCAAGCAACUCCAUUCCAGUGUCCGGACCGGGAACCUGGAGACCUGCCUCAGACUGUUAUCCUUGGGAGCCCAGGCCAACUUCUUCCAUCCUGAGAAAGGAAACACCCCUUUGCACAUAGCAGCCAAAGCAGGCCAGAUGUUCCAAGCAGAGCUGUUGGCAGUUUAUGGAGCUGACCCCGGGGCUCUGGACUCAGGGGGGAAGACCCCCAUCGAUUAUGCAAGACAAGCUGGGCAUCAGGAGCUGGCAGACAGGCUGGUGGAGAUCCAGUAUGAACUCACGGACCGCUUAACAUUUUAUCUUUGUGGCAGAAGGCCAGAUCAUAGAAAUGGGCAGCACUUCAUCAUUCCACAAAUGGCAGACAGAAAUAAUCUGGAUUUGUCAGAGUUUGCAAAAGCUGCAAAGAAGAAGCUCCAGUCUCUCAGUAACCAUCAGUUUGAAGAACUCGCCAUGGACGUCUAUGAUGAAGUUGACAGGAGAGAAACUGAUGCAGUGUGGCUGGCGACUCAGAACCACAGCACACUUGUGACGGACACCACAGUUGUGCCUUUCCUGCCUGUCAACCCGGAAUACUCCUCCACCAGAAACCAGGGCCGCCAAAAGCUAGCGAGGUUCAACGCUCAUGAAUUUGCCACCCUUGUCAUUGAUAUUUUAACUGAUGCCAAACGUCGGCAGUGGGGUAACAGCUGUGAAAGUCCCAAAGAGAACGUGGAGCUGAUCCUGAAGGGAAUAGACAGUCGCCACGGCAGUGAGAGCCAGGACAAUGACCAGCCAGAUUAUGACAGCGUGGCAUCGGACGAAGACCCGGUGCAGGAGGCCACCUGUGGGGAUAAUUGCAAUGAUGGGAGGACCAAGAGCUCGGAGUCGUCUGACCUCUCCGAUGGACCUAUUACUGUGCAAGAAUUUAUGGAGGUGAAGAGUGCCCUCACUGCAUCAGAGGCCAAAAUACAACAGCUUCUUAAGGUCAACUGUCACCUGAGUGAAGAGCUGCGGAUGAUGCAGAGCAAGCUCAACUCCCUGCAGACUGAAAACACUACGCUGCGAUGGCAGACCCCCAGUGGACCACAGCAUAUCCAGGAUGCCUCUGCUCGACAUCCAGCCCGUGGAGGCCGCCCCAUGUCCAUGUAUGAGACGGGCUCUAGUCUGAGGCAGUACCCCCACAGAGGCGAAGCGUCUUGCCAAGAGGACGGCCUCGUUUUACAUCCCUUCCCAACCAAUAUUGGGAGGGGUCCUUUGGGGACGGCUGCUUCCUCCCUCCCUACCUUCCCCUCUUCCCUGUCCUGGUCGUGGGAUGAGAGAUCUCAAAGGGGCUGCAGCCUGGAGGGACAGAGUGGCAUGUUGGAGAGUGACUAUGACACCACACCCAACCACUCAGAACCAGAGGAGACUGUGCCUAGUUCAGCCUCUGAGGCAGUGGAGCCAGAGGAGGAGGCAGAGGGCCAGGCCUCCCUGCCCUGCACCGAGGACGUCAUCUGUAAGACGGAGCAGAUCACCAAGAACAUCCAGGAGCUUCUGAGAGCCGCCCAGGAGAACACACAUGAGAGCUUUCUGCCAUGCUCAGAGAGGAUCCACGUGGCAGUGAGGGAGAUGGCCACCUUGUUUCCCAAGAGGCCAUCCUCAGAGACCGUGCGAGGGUCUCUGUGCCUGCUCACUUCAAGUGCCGGCCGGCUCCAUGUAGAGUGCCAGAAAGCCACAUCCCACAACCCCUCCCCCUCCGACAUGCAGCUGGUCACUCAGCAGGUCAUCCAGUGCGCCUAUGACAUUGCCAAAGCGGCCAAGCAACUUGUCACUGUGACAACCAAAGAAAACAACAACUAACUAAAACCCCAAAGACUCUUAAAAUACCUUUUGAAAUACCCCACAAUACAGCGUGUCAAUGAUGUUGUUCAUUUCAGCUUUAUCAGUGUUACCACUAUUAUUAGUUUGCCCGUUUUAGACUGUGUAACCAAGUGUUCAUGAUACAUUUCUUGUGUGGGUGGUUUACAGAAAUAUACCAUGCAAAAAUAUGGGUCAAUCAAAAGCUUUAUUUAUUCUGGAGUUUGUUUUAUAUCACAGUGACGGAAAAUGAAGAUUUGUCUUUCAGUGUGAAGGAGACAAUCUUGUUUUUUUCUAACCUCAGACAGAUAGUUGAAUUGACACAAACUUUUCAAAGUGCAAUGUUGUACAUAUAAAACAGGAAUGGCAAUGGAUAGUUGAGCCUUUUACUUUCUACUUUAUUCUCUGUGGCUUUAGUGCAUACCACAGCUAUUCAAUUAUGUGCAACAGAGGGCGGACACACUGCAGAUUUUUAUUCCAGCCAGACAUUACAGCAGAUGAUUUUAGCGUAUAGCACAUCUUCAGCUAGAGACUAAGAAGUGAAGUGUCAUUUGGCUGAAGGGAAACCUGCUUUCUCUGAGUUCUCCAUGGUUGAAUACCUGUGGUGUACACCAUUGACGUUAGCUUAUUUUCCAUCAGCCAGAUCUAUUCGAUCUGUUUUUAUGAUGGCGUCUACUUGGAUUGCAGUGGUUUGUGUAGUAAGUAGAUUGUGACGAAAAAACAGAUGCAGCAAACACCCCGUAAGGCACGGGGAGGCAACCAUGUGCCAUGAAUUUUUUUUCAUUCCAACUGACAUUGCUUCAGGAAUGAGUGAAAUCAGCUGCAGUUGGGUUGGGCUGGAGUCAGAACCUGCUGUACCCUCAGGUGGUGAUAUGUGAUGGAAACCACUGAUCAAGAGGAGUCACUGCUCAAAGGAUUUGAGUUAAGUUUAGUAGCUAAAUGCUGAAGCCAUACUAAGAACCUUUCUUUCUUUCUUUCUUCUGCAAUACAUUCCCUGGCCUAAACGGGCAAUCUUAAAUAUAUGAAUAAUCCAUUUUUAUUAUAAGUAUGCAAAUAAAAAGUAUCCAUAUAAGUAUUUAUCCAAAUAAUCCAAACGCUAUUUUAUUUAUAAAUUUACUUUAUAAACUGUAUAUCAUACCUCCUAAGAAAAUGUUAACAUUUAUUUUCAUAAAAAUCUGUUUAACGUGAUGCUUCUAAAAUAGCUUUUGUUUUGAUGUUGGGGGCAUCUCAACUAGCAGGUAGUUGUAGACUAGGCUGCUUGUGAUCUGUUUCUUUGGUUGUGGUGCUAGAACCCCAGUAUUUUGUGCUGCAAGUUGUAAAAAUAUGUACAGCUAGGAUGUUGAGUCAGUGAUCAAGUAAAUGUAGCCUCAGUACUCGUCUUAACUUGGGGCCAAAGUGUCAUUAAGUGUCGUGAGCCAGAUUCAACCCUGACUACUGCCUUUGCUGUUGUAAACCUCUGCCUCUGGGUAAUAAAGUAGAAACCUGGA